AUGGCAGAGCUGGGUGGGCUGAUUGGCAGCGUAGUGGGGCCUGAGGAGCCUAGGGAGUACCUCACAUGCCCAGUGUGUGGUCGCUGCAUCACAGGCAAGAACUGUCGACAGAAUCUACGCCACCACCUCCUCAUUCACACUGGAGAGAAACCGUACACUUGCCCGCACUGCCCACACAGAGCCAAUUAUAAGCCCAAUCUCCUCAAACACAUUCGGUCUGUUCAUGGGUCUUCACAGGGGCAGGCUCUCUCCUCAGGGUCUUUCUCAGGCUUGUCCAGUGCUCCUGCUGCACCUACUUUCCUUCCCACGUCGAGUGGCUGUGAGGAGAACGUUGUGGUGUGCAGCGAGUGCGGCAAGGUGUUCUCUGGUCGUUCCAGGAAGACUAAUUUGAAACAGCACAUCCUGACUCAUACGGGCGAACGACCCUAUCUUUGCCCGCACUGCCCGCACAGGACUAACCACAAGCCAAAUCUUGUCAAGCACAUUCGAGUAGUGCAUAGAGCUCCUGCGGUCUCUUCCAUGCCAGCUGUCUUUACAACACCUGAUGCUUACUCCCAUUUGUAG